AUGACAGGAGAAGGUGCCAUCAAGGUCCGAAAAGCCAACACAGAGCUACUCAUCCACGAGCAGAAGCGGAAGGUGGAGAAUGAGCUCAUCAAGCUUGAGGACGAGCUGAUGGAAGCUGGCAUGCCGGAAGCCGAAGUUCAGGCCGCCAUCGAGCGCGAGCGCAAGCACAUGCUCAAAGCCGUCGAGACCGGCUCGCUGCGUUACGACUCGGAGCUGGAGAAGAAGGAUUCUCACCAUCAGGCGAUGGAGAAAGAGAAGGAACUGCACAGGUUUGAAAAAGCCGUGGGCAUCGAUACGCGUUCGCGGAUUGUCGGCCAAGCCUUCGACCAGGAGCUUCAGGCACAGCUGAAGCUGGAAAGGAUGCAACAAAAGGCCGAGCAGGAGCAAAUGCGACUUGAAGCCCAGAAGAAAGCUGAGAAGGCUCAGGAGAGGGCCGAGAAGCUCAGGAAGAAGGCCGAAAAGGCCAAGAAGAAAGCAGAGGCGAAGUUGGAGAAACUAAAGGCCAAGCAGGAGAAGCAGAAGAUCAAGGAGGAGGAAAAGGCAGCGAAGCUCAAGGAGGAGCUCCGAGAGGCUGCUGUCAAGGAAGAGGAGGAGAUCAAGGAGCAGCCAAUAGAACGGCCUAAGAAGAAAGAGAUUGUGAUCGAGCCUCCAAAACCCCGAGAAAUGAGGGCGAAGGUGGAGCCUGAGGAUGAUCGAUGGCGGCCGGAUGGCAUGGAUAGCCGCAGGGAUCGGGAUGCGCACCGGCACCGCAAUGACAACCGGCGCAGAGAUGAUCGGCGCCGCGAGGAUGACCGGCGCCGUGAUGACGACCGGCGCAGAGGUCGCGCGCGAUCAGAGGAUAGCUACGAUGACGAUUCGGACUCGGACGACAGCAGCGACUCGGAUGAUUCCGAUGACAGCAGCGAUCACCGAGGUCGCGGGGGCGAACGCCGCAGAGAACGUGAGCCCCAGCGGCACCGUGAGCGAAGUCCAGAGCCUCGACCAGCCCGCCGGGAUCGUAGCGAGGAGGAGCGGCGCGACCGGCCAGAAAAACGGCGAGAGCGCGAGCCCUCCUCCGACGAAGAUCGUAACACACGUGAGCGGAAGCAAAAGCCAGCCGAGAAGGAAAAGGCGGCGGAGGAGAAGCCCAAGAAGUCAAAAGCGCCAGAG